UGCGUGGAAAAAUCCCAAGGUGAUAAUCCACGGCGACGCUGAGGAUCGCGCGGCGAGGGAAAAUCUUGAGAUGGAGAACAAGAGUCAGGAGCUCACGAGGGAGAAUCUCGAGAUGAAGGAGAGGUUAAAGAAGCUAACGGGGAUGAAACACGUGGAAGCGGAGAUGAAUCAGAGCAUCGGAGAAAUGGAGAAAGAGAUGGAGGAUUACGAGGAAGAGAAGAAGGCUCUUGAGUCUAUUUCCACCAGAGCUGUUGAGCUCGAAGCGGAGGUGUUGAGUCUUCAGGAAGAUCUCAACGCUUCGUUGGCGGAGGUGGAUAAGAGGGUGGAAGAAGUUGCUGAGCUGAAGGAAGAGUUGUUGGAGAAGGGAGAGAAGCUGGAAGGGUGUGAGAAGGAAGCUGAGGGGUUAAGGAAAGAUAGAGCUGAGGUUGAGAGGAAGGUUAGAGAGUUGGAAAGGAAGAUUGGGGUUUUGGAAGUUAGGGUAGUGGAGGAGAAGAGCAAGAAGGUUAGGUUAGAAGAGGAGACGAGGGAGAAAGGUGAUGCGGAAGAGAAGGAGAUUAACGAGUUGAAGAAGAAAGUUGGGGACUUGAAUCUGGAGGUGGUGAAUAAUGGAGAGGAGUUGAAGAGAUGCAGAUUUGAGAAGAAGAUGGAGACAGUGAGUGAAGCUGAGGUAAGAGAGAAGGAAAUGGAGUUGAAGAAAAAGGAGUUGGUGAAGAAGGUUGAUGAAGCGAGGGAGAUGAUAGUUGAGUUGAAAGAGAGAGCCAUGAAGCCUGGUAUCAGAGCGAGAAAGUAGAGUUGUGGUGGCCAUUGGGUUGGUGUUGGUUUGGUUGCAGCGUCCGCGUUCGUCUGCUACUCCAAGCUAAGGUGAUUUUUUUUUUUUAUUAAUACUUUGUUAGCGGAUGAGGAAUAACUGAUGACCAAAGAUUGAAUUCAAGAAUGGAUUGUUAUACAGGUUUGACUCUAACUUUGUUUUGGGUUUAUGAUGUUUUUGUUGUUGAUUGGGAAAACUUCAGUUUUUGGUUAUGCCACGAAUGAAUUUCGUAACUGUUCUUUAUCA